AAACAAACUCUUGUUUGUUGUAUUUUGUAUAAUAAUUUGUAACUUGAGUUUUGUGUUUAUUGUAAUUCUAUUUUUAUAACUUUGAAAAAUGUUUUCAUAGUUUGAAUUUGUGUUUUUCAAUUUAGUUGAACUAUUAUUUUGUGUCUGCUGUAUUGACUCUACUAUUUUCUAAUUUCUUCUUUUCGAUAAUCUGAACCUGAAGUAGUAUUCCAAAUUGCAGAAAUGAAAAAAUUGUCUCAGAAAAAAGGUGCCAAAGAAGAUCCUAAGCAAUCAAAAAUAUCAAAUUUCUUUGCGGCUCCGAAAAAUGGAAAGAAUGUAACAUCGACCGGAAGCAACGCAUCUACAUCUUCUCAAGUAAAUUAUAAAGUUGAAGAUAUUGAAGAUGAUAUCAAAUUUCCGCUCACCCCUCCAAUAAGCCAAAACAUAAUACAACCCAGUGAGGCUGGUAAGACUGUAAGCAUCAAGUCACCUUUGAAAAAGAAGAUUGACAAGGAGAAUAGUGUUGAGGAGAGUGUAAAGGAAAAUUUGCUGAUCUUGAGCCCUGAAGAGAUCCCGCCUACGCCACCGCAACCCCUCAUACCAACAUCAAGAACCGGAAACAAAGGAGUGAAACGAAAAUGUGAAUUUCCUGCUUCAAAAAAUUGUGAUAAAAAUCUAAAUGAUGCUUCUGUUGUUCACGCUAAAAAGAUUCCGAAAAAUGUGAAAGUAGAGUCUUCUACCGCGAGUGACAGUUCAGCCUCUCCCUCAGGUGACGGAAAUAAAAUUUUUCGGCCAGAAAAUACAUGUGAAGCCAAAGAUAGUGAGAUUGAAAAGAAAGAUAGUGAUAAUUGCAAGAAGAAAGACGUAUCUCUGUGUCUGAAUGAGACAGCUGAAACCGAAUGCAGCAGUGAUAUGAAAGACCUCUUGUUUGAAGAUUGGGAACUGGAUGGAGCAGAAAAUAUCAGGAAUGAUUUGAACUUGGAGAAAGCCGUACGUUGCACCAUAACUAAAAUCAACUACUUACAAGGUUUACAUAAAACCGAAAUUCAUCUCAAGGAGUUGAAGAGCUCCGCAGAAACUAAGUGUACUCUGGAAGGAUCAUGGUCUGGCUUAGUUCUGAGAGAGAACGACACAAUAAGCAUUGCAGCUAAGUGGGAUUCGCACGUGGGUUGGGUGGUGAGCGACCUGCAUGGCUUCGUUGUCCUGGAGCCGGACACACUCAUCUCGAGCACAGCUCUGGUUGGCUCACUGUUCUGUAUGCGACGUGCCAUACUGGCCAACAUGUUCCGGGGGCUGGACCCAGGGUCGGACAUCAUGGUUAUGGGGUCACUCGUGCAUGAGAUAUUGCAAGAGGUGCUAGAUAGGAAAGUGCGAAGCGAAGAUGAAAUCAGAACGAUCGCCAACAACUCAAUUUCAUCCAAAAGUUUCAUAUUUUCAAUGUAUUCGUCGCAGAUGACAAUGGAACAUGUCAAGAAGCAGUUGGACUUGUUUGUUCCUCGGAUUAAAACAUUCAUAUCAACUUAUAUUCCACCUGUAGUUGGAAAGAAAAAUGAGGAUGAUUGGCAAGGAGAAAUUACAGCUAUUGAGGAUAUAGAAGAAAACAUUUGGGCCACAAAUCUAGGCUUGAAAGGGAAGGUUGAUGUCACUGUGAAGGUGAAAGUUGACAACUCUACCAAGAUUUUACCGCUGGAAUUGAAAACGGGGCGCGCCUCAAUGUCAUCUGAGCACAGGGGCCAACUCAUACUUUACGCCCUCAUGAUGACUGAGAUUGGCCAACCUGUCUCGUCUGGGCUUCUUCUUUACUUGAGGGAAGGAGUAAUGAAGGAAGUGAAAGCUGGCGUCAUGGAAAAACGAGACUUGCUUCUUCUUCGCAACGAAUUGCUGAGAUAUACGUUUGAUGGCAAAUCUGUCGAUAAAGAUGAGAAUGGUCUUCUACCCUCGCCAUGCUUACCCAAACCCAUAAAUCAUAGGAAAGCCUGCAAUAGUUGUCCAUAUGUGACAAUAUGCUCUUCAGCUCUUCGGUCAGUUUGGCUUAUUUAG